CUCGCAACGUUGGUUCACGUCUACAUGGGUCGGAAGAUUGGGUUUGGUGUCGAAGACUCUCUGGAAAAAGCGAGAGCUUGCGUCGAUUUAUUUCGAUCUUGUGAAGUACAGUUUGAGAAUGUAGUCUACGCUGGAGCAUGGCCCUGUGAUUUACCUCCUACUUCUUAUUCUCAGUACUUUACUUGACGAAUACUCGACGCUCAGUAAUUUGGUAGUAGGGUACAUACACCGGCUAAAUCGGAUCGGUUCCGGACUUAUUGGCAGGCAUUUACAAACCGAAACGCGAUUGUUAUACCCACCUACACCUCAUUUUGCUUUGUUCUCCUCACUAUCAUGGCAUCCGAGAUGAUGCGUGCGGGUACUUCUUCUAGCUCUCCACAUUUUAACUUACAAAAACGCGCCAGAACAGCUUCAAAUGAAGAUGGCGAAACCAUCUUACUUCCAUUGAGCGACCAGAACGCAGCAUAUUAUCCCUCUCAUGGAUACGACUCCGAGGACGACGUUGAGGUGGUAACCCAUCGGGGGAAUUGGGGAAUCAAAGACACCAAAGGAGCCCGGUGGGCUCGCAAAGGAAAGAUAACUUCUUGGGGGCCCAGUAUGGGUGAUUGGGAGGCUGAAGAACGCACACGAAAACGUAUAAAACUGCUUUUGCCUCAGCCUAAACGAUCACCUUCUCCACCAUCACUCCCUCAUUUAUCCCGAUCUCCAUCUCCACCCAUUGUUGCUCCAUACACACCACCAACUAUCCAGCAUCUUACUUAUUCCUCGUUUGUUAUGGACAAAUCAGUCACACAUACAUUCCGUUCCAAUCUACUGGAUGAACUUGAAAAUGCCACUAACGGACUAAUUGAAGGGGAGGCAACCAUGAAGAGAGCGAUGGGUCGCCUUGUCACCAAAACAGAGGACGAAGAAAUAGAGGAGCUCAACGAGCAGGACGCCCGAGCAAAGCGGCUCGCGCGCGCACCUGAUCUUACACCCCCAAUUCACAAACUGUUCCUCUUCCAAAACAACACGUCCUUAUACGGCGAACAAUCACAUUUCACUACCCCGGAAUCACAGCAGGGGAAUCUAGAACGGGCGAUGGCCGUCAUGCGAGAACUUCAGGAUGAUGGCAGGGAAUAUGUCGAGCGUCUGCAGGAAAUCAGAGAAAGUUUGGGUGAUGUGAGGGCUCAUCGGAAUGGUAUAUGGAAUAUGGUUAGGGAAAGGGCAGUACAAGAACUACAAGAUGCUGCUUUUGAGGCUGCUGGAUGAUUUGUAUGCGUAGGUGUAGGUGUAGGUUCUAGAAAGCUUGAGGCCUUGACAGAGUAUCUCUUCUCGAACAUCUUAAUACCAGGAACACAUGAUACGCCUGACAUAACAACAGCCCAGCGGACUUGCACAGCCUC